CAAAAUUUAAAAAGUCCUUGUAAUGGAAUGGACCCCUAGCGACACAUUGAAUUAAAUGGACAUUCAAGCCUGACAUCAGCUCCACAACUAGACAUAUAUCGACUCUAUUAUUACGAUUCAUGUAACGAAUUAUCCUACGGCCUUCAUUACUUCCAUGACAAUAUGACAUACCUACGUUACUUUCAUUUUCUGAAAGAGACAUUAUUGUUCGAAUGGUUGAAGCACAUAACCAACACAUUCCCAAUAGUAUAGCGUGGAGCUUUGUGUUUCAUUCCAUUCCGACCCCAAUAGUAAGCAAAACUGGCCAUUUCCAGAAGAACCCUUUCGCCAUAGCGUUGCUUCUUUGAUGGAAAGAAGAAAGGGUAGCAGAGGGAGCAUUGAUGAAUUGGCUUUGGUGAAGGCAGCAGCAUGUGCAUGGUAUCAACAUGGAUCAGGAUCUGAAGGCCGAGCAGUGCGCGAGUACGAUCUUGCAAUGCCUAAAAGAGCUCCUAAACCAUCAAGGUACAAGAUUGAAGCCAUGAAAGAGUCUGAAGAAGCUCCUAUACAUCGUCUCUCACCUCCAACAUCAGCUCCUCUUAGUCCAUUCUCUACUGCUAGUAGCAAACAAAGCGAGAUAUCUCUUCUUGAUGAUUAUGAAAUCCAGAGGAUAUCGAAGGAACUUGAUCGCUAUAUGGCAGAGUCGAGUCGAGCCGAGUAUUUAAAAAGUUUUCUUGGCAGUGAUCAUCGCGCUAAUAACAGAGUUGUGUCGUUAUCAGAAAGUGGCACAAGUGAGGGAAAAAGUAAGCAGAAACGCAAAAAUUCAAGAGGGUUUUGGAUGAAGUAUGGGGCGGUAUGUGGCUCGAGGAAAGAUGAUGUCGUGGAUGGUCGGAGUUUUAAAAUUGCAUAUAGUCAUGGUGGCCGGAAAAAUUGGUAACGGAGGUCAAAACUUCUAGCUGCUGAACACGGGGCAUCCAUGUCUAGUCAAAAUUGAUGAGAUUGGAUAUGUUCAGUUGGUUGUCGGCUUGGAAUUAAAAGCUCAAAACAGAAACAGUACAUUGAGGCGUGGUACGAGUAGUGUAUGCUAGUUAUGGAUCUGAUUGAGGUGGACCUUUUUUUUUUUUUUUUUUUUAAGUUUUUCAAUUCCUCUAUUGGUAUCAUUUUUUUGAAUGGAGUGUGAAACUGUGAAGUAAACAAAAAGUGUAAAAUCUCUUGCUUUUCUGGAGUUUGCUCCAUCAACUUGUAAGGUACUUCUGGGCUGGCUUUGCUACUACAAUGAUUUGU